UCCACAAAUGCCUAAGUACAACCUGCAAGUCAAGGCUGAGCUCGCACGCGUCGAGCAGUUCCAGCCAGCGUCGGCGGCAGAGUACGAGUUCCACCUGCUCCUCGCGUGCGCCCACUGCAAAGAGUCCACCGGAAAGCACGUCAACUUUUCACUGCAGGACGAGGCGGACAUUCCCGGUGGCCGUGGCGUCGCCAACUUUGUUGCCAAGUGCAAGCUGUGCUCGCGCGAUUUUUCAAUAGAAAUCAUCAAGGGAUCCAUCGUCCCAUACAAGAGCUCUAGCAACAAUGGAUUUGCGACCAUUGCGUCGUUUGAAUGCCGCGGCGUUGAGCUGACUGGAUUUGAGCCCGCGAGCGGAUGGACUGUCGUCGCAGAAGAAACAGGAACGACAUUUACGGACGUGGAUCUCUCCGAGGAGUUUGCCGAGUACGACGAGAAAGCCAGCGAGCCCGUUGGUAUCAGCAGUCUAGAGUCUCGCUUUGUCGUAUCCAAGUAGCCCCUGUACCGCAGCUCGGCAUGCGAUGAGUUGAUUGUUGAUUUUGAAAAAUCAUCUCAGGAUGCUAGGCGCAUGAACAACCCCUCAACAAAAGUGUUGUUUCGUUUUCAAAGAAGUGCAGAGAUCUCUCAAUGCGGUCGAAAUAAGAAAGAGAGCGUUUCGUAAGACUUCAUUGGUUUUCAUUAAACGCGCAGUAUCCAAC